CACGACACGACUGAAGUUGACAUUGACAAGUUAACAUAAACAUAACAUAACCUCAACUCAAUGUGGAAACCACCACCUUUUGCUAAACUAAUUAAUAUUUAAAAUAAAGUAGACCAAAAUGAGUGCAGAGCCAACAGAAAAUGGUACAAAUAUAAAGAGAAUCAGAAAGAAACGUAAAAACUUUUUGGCCAACGCUAAAAAGUAUGCGAAAAAAGGUCAAAUGGGCCGUGGUGCCCGAAUGUCUGACGAUUUGUAUCAAUACUUUGUUGGAAUACUUGAUGCCAUGAAGCAGGGAGUCGAAGAUGAAGAGGAAAGAGUUGCUUUGGUCAACAACGUAUUAGAAAGAACAAAAGGCGAAGAGCUAAAUGUUGUCGGUAACCAGCUUGGAUGCAGAGUCAUUGAACUGUUGCUGCCGUUCGCAUCUGCUGAAGAUCUGGAGCGCUUCAUGGAUAUACUUUCUCCGGAGUUACGUAGACUUUGCUCUGAUAAUUUCUCCAGUCAUGUUGUAGAAACAUUACUCAGGGUGUCAUGUUGUAGAGCCGUAGAGAACUUACAAAACGUUGAUCCUGAAGAAGAUGUGCCAAUAAAGAAGAAAAAGAAAAGUAAAACAGACUCAAAAUACAGUGAAGAACAUAUACAAAAGUGUUACGACUUCACAAUUAAGAUUUGUAAAUAUGCUUUGAAUAAUCUCGAGGAUUUCGUUUGGGACAAUUAUGCUAAUCACAUAUUGAGGAGUGCAAUCAAAUGUUUGAGUGGCAUAACUCUGCUACCCGGAGAAAAACCCAAAACAAAUAUGUUCAAAGAGACCGUUAAAGAUGAUAAAGGUAUACCACCACACUUAAUGACGAUGGAGUAUAAAGUUGUUCCUGAUGAGUUUAAAGAAAUAGUAAAGGAUUUCGCAAAUAGAUUAUCAUCUUGGCCUCAAUUCAAAGACUUGCCUUACCAGAAUUUGACAUCAGCGUUAUUGCAAGUGCUGCUGUAUGCAGUAAAAAAUGUAGAUAGUUCUAUAACUAAAGAUUUAGUGAAGAAAUUGUUAAAUGAAAGUUUUGCUCCAGAUGAUUGGGUAUCAAAUGAGUCUGAUGAAAAAAAGAAUGAUGAAAAAGUGGAUGCAGACAUGAAAGAAGAUGUAAAUGAAUCGGUGGCAAUAACAGCUACACCACUGCCUCCAGUUUUUGAAAAUCAGUCUGCAGUAAGAUUGUUAGAGGCAGCAUUGUUUGUGGCAAGAAAGAAGAUGUACACUCAGAUUUAUGCAAAAUGCUUUAUAAACAGGCUUGGGCAGUUAGCCACUGUGCCCAUGCUCAACUUCACUGUGCAACGACUCAUCGACAACUGCCAGGUCAAAGAAGAGUUCGAGCCGAUGUUCGACGAGCUGUGUGGCAAGUUCUCGGCGUUAUUGUUUUGUGGCAACUCUGGCGUGUUGGUGGCGAUCGCCAAAGCGUGCCUUAGAAUACGAGCGAGACAAACGCAGUUCAUAGCGAGUCUUGAAAGUGCUCUCAACAUCUCAGAAGAUGGCAAGCAUUUCUCGGUGUGUUGCCUGCGACUGCUACCCAAAGAGAAGAUAGACUUGACCACCCUGGACAAGGAGUACUUUAUCCAUGUGCACGGAUCUGUAAUACUGCAGACUAUUCUACAGUUUCAGCGUCCAGCGAAGGCAGUGAACAGUCUGCUAGAGUUGAGCAGUGAUGAAUUAAUGGUGAUCUUGGCUGAUGCGAAAGGAAGCCAUGUGGCUGAUGCCUUCUGUUCAUCAACAUGCGUAGGGGUCAAGGCCAGGGAUAAGCUCAUAUGGAAACUGAAGGGUUUCUACCAGAAACUGGCAUUAUCUCAAUACGGCUCAAGAGCAUUCGAACGUAUUUUCGAAGCGGCCAGUGAUGAACAGAAAGUCAAGAUUAUGUCAGAACUGUCAGACAAGAGUAGUCUUCUCAACAGCACCAGCUAUGGGAAACUUAUCGCCAACAAGCUGGACUUGGCUACCUUCAAACUGUCACAGAAGAAAUGGGAGCAGGCGAGAUUGAAGAAAAGUGUUGUAGAAAAAUAAAAAAAAAUAAAAAAAUACAUUGUAAUUCU